AUGGAAAGUUCACGCAGGGGCUCUUCAAACUACGCCCCUCCGCUCGCACUUACAGCGGUCUCUUGGGUCUCGAUCGGUAUCGCGGUCCUCGCCUCACUGUGGAUCACAUAUGACAUUGUCUCCUAUAAACGAUGGAAGCACAUGAUGGCUAUUAUGAUUCCGGUCUACAUCAUCAACGCCCUCUAUCUAUGGCCAAUUACCGUUUGGACAUAUAUUCAGUACGGGCGAGAGGGCAUGGAAACACAGUCAAUUGAUGAAGCAGAGACCAUAGAAGAGGACCCUCUCUUACACUCGCUGUCUCAACCGGACCACAGUGAAGAUGACACCACUGGGGAACAACACCCAGGCGGGAGUCAGAUGGCGCUUGACCAUCACGAUGCUGACGGCGCUAUUGCGGAGGGUGGCCAUCAAGGCCAUGGUACAGAGCAUGACGGAGAAGCACAUCAACACAACAAGCACCAAUACCACUCCCACAUGCAUGCAGUCCUUCCCAUGUUCGCAACCGUCACCAUCGCAACUUGCCAUUGUGGUGCUGGCUGUGUCCUCGGCGACCUUGUAGGGGAAUGGCUGAUUUCCACUCUUGAAGUGACAAUCGGUGGAAGGAUGCUCUAUGCUGCGUUUGUCGUGGACUUUGUAUUCGCUCUUGCCUUUGGGAUUGUCUUCCAGUACUUCUCCAUCGCACCCAUGGCCGGCGAUUAUGGUUGGCGCACUGUUGUCCGCGCUGCCAAGGCCGACUUCUUGUCACUGACGUUCUUCGAAAUCGGCCUCUUUGGCUGGAUGGCCAUCUUUGAUCUCUUGAUCUUCGACCAGCAGCUGGGGAUGAAUACUGCAGCUUACUGGUUCAUGAUGCAAGUUGGAAUGUUUUUCGGACACUGGACUGGAUUUCCUAUCAAUUGGUGGUUGAUCAAAGAAGGAAUCAAAGAGCCCUGUGCUUGA